AUGGCUGACAAUCUAAUUCAAAAGUCACAUAAAACUAGUGAAAAAAACAAGUAUAACAACGUUGUUCAUCGCACUACAAGUGAAUCUCUUCGACUGAACGAGUCAGAAAAGGGAGUGACUCACCCGACAACUCUUCAAUCCGCUCAUAACCCAAGGAAAAUAUCUUCCUUUCAGAUCACCAGUGUGACUGUGGGCUCACGGGUGAGCACUGAUGCUGGAGAAGACUCUGCCGACGAUCUAGACGAAUCUCACACCGAUGACAUUUCGAGGGUGACCGACAUAGAGAAUGAAACACCGAGUUACUCCGAAGACACCUUCUCAAAAGACGAUGUAUUUUAUAACGCAUCUAGUGCUUCGUUAGGUUGUGCGCCUGUCAUUCCAACGAGUUCACAAUACGGUCUCGCAAUCGUAGGUCAGGAUACCAACACCACUCAAACAGGAGGAGUAGUGCCAAAUAGUAAUAAUACGGAAGUCAAUGACAUGCACGUCAGUGUAACGAAUGCCGGAACCGGCAGCAUUAUCAACCUCAUAGGUAAUGCUGCUAAACCCCAAGAAGGUAUGAAAGAAAUUCAAGAACAUGUUAGAAAUGAAAGAUUCAAAGUUGUGAAAAUAGAAAGUACAGAACCGUUUCGCCGUGGCAGAUGGAUGUGUAUGGAUUAUUUAGAUCAUACAACUCAGCAAAAUACUCCUAUCACUCUUAAUAACAAUAUAGAUGUAUCGGAAUCGUCUAAUUUGCAAGCUCCGGAUAGUGGUGUUGUGAUAAAUGAUAGCCAACAUGAUGAUUUGUGCAAUGACUUGACAUGCAAAGGGCCUAAGGAUCAAGUAAGUGUACCAGUGCAGCAAAUAGAUCAAAGUGUUCAGAAACAAUUUCCAAUGGCCUCUCCUGGUCAGUCACUUACACAACCUAUUAAUAUUGUGCAACAGCAAAUGCCUACAAACCAAUCUGUGUCUGUGCAAUCUCCACCGCUGGAAAUGCCACAGCAGAUGACAAAUCAAAAUAUCCAGUCUGGCCAGCAAGUGGCUCAACAACAUCCCCAAAGUAUGACACAUAUCACAUUGCAAAACACAGCACAAGGUCAUCCACAGGCAUCGCAGCAACAACAGCAACAAGUCCAACAGAUCCCGCAGAGCUUCCCCCAGCAUCAACUUCAGCAAGUUAUUGCACAAUCACAGAAUAUGGCAUUACAACAAAUUCCAAUGCAUCAACAAAUGCCACAGCAGAUGCAACAGAUUCCUAACCAGCAAAUGCAGCAGAUCAAUCAACAUAUGCCACAAGCCCAGAUUUCUAACAUGCAACUCCAACAGCAAAUACCACAAAUGCAAGGCAUACCUAAUCAGGGUCAAAUGUCCCAGGUUGGUGGUCAACAACAACAAAUGCAGCAAAUGCAGAUGCAACCAAUGCAGGGUCAACCAAACCCUCAAAUUCACCAGAUGCAACAAGCCCAGAUGUCUAAUAUGGGACAAACCCAUCACCUACAAGGACAACAACCCAUGGUACCGCAACAAGCUCAGUUGCAGCAUUUGUCUAGUCAAGCCCAAAUACAAGCAUUACAGAAUCAACAAAUUCCAAAUCAUAUUCAGCAAAUGCAAAUUCCUCCUCAACUCGCUGCACCAAAUCAACAAAUAUCUCAAAUGCAACAGCAAAUGCAUCAGAUUCCAACUCAACCCCAGCAGUCUGUUGUCACCGGAAUGCAUCCACAAAUGCAACAGCAAGGAAUGGCAGUGCCACAACCCCAAUAUAACCAAGUGAAUCAGCAGCCUAAUGCGCAAACUAUGAUGAGUGCUAAUAUGCCAUCUUCGCAACAAACAUUGGUACAAACUCAACAUAAUGUACCACAGUACCAUACCCAGCAAUCCCAAAUGAGCCAGCAAGGACAGACUAUGCCGCAAGAGGUGCUCACAAAUAUUGUUACAUCACAACAAGGUGCCACGCUGCCAUCUAAUCUUCAACCUAUGGUCACACAACCACAAGGAUCUACAUUACCUGCGAAUCUCCAAAGCUUAGCUAGUCAACAGCAACCGCCAGUUCACACUAUGACUCAACAGCAGACUGUUCCUCAAGGAAAUAUUCAAUUAAUGACCGGUGCACCGCAGAAUAUACAAAUGACUUUAGAAAAUCAACCUAGUAUGCAGAUCCCUCCUUCUGAUCCCAUAUAUAUGCAACAAAAUGUCGCUCAACAGUUGCCUUCUCAUAUGACCCAACCCCAGAGUAUAAUGCAGCAGCAAGUGCCCGGACAACAGAUGGGAGGUGUUCAAUAUGUUCCUAAUCAGCCAGUACCUCAGGUGUCAAUGGCUCACCAGAACAUUCCUAUGUCGAUGCAGCAGAGUAUGCCAGUUGGAAUGGGAGGUGGGGUCCAUGCGAAUGUCGUGCAGGCGCAAACAAGCAUGGGUUUAACGUAUGGAGGUGUGGUGCCCGUGAUGUCUCAGAGCAGUGUAGCCCCAGUUGAGACGGUGUCGGGAACUAAUUCACCAGUGGUGUCGAUGCCGGCCAGUUCUACCACAUAUGUGGCAAGUGCAGCCCAACCGGGUCUCGAUAGUCAGGGCUUCGGAAGCCCCGUGAGUGUAGUGUCGCACACGGUUAGUGGCGCAGUGAUGAGCAAUGUGAAUGUAUGUGAAAGUGGUGCUCCGGAUGUUUCCGCGGAUGGGUUGCAGGCAGCCGACGCGGGCGAUGGUAAAGAGGAGGCACAUCCAGCUCCAGCAGCUGAAGAUGAAAGAUCAAUGCUGCGUCAUCAAGAGUUAGGGUUUGAAUUGCAGUUCGUCGAAAUAAUUCGAUUUCAAAUAGAAGGUAUCGCCACUAAUCUAGUAGCGGCUGCCAAGCAAAGUCUGACAACAUUUGAGCAGAAUGUGAUGGCAGAGCGUGGGGCCUUAGCUUUUCUGAACCGCAGCACACGCAACGGACUCUCUCAAAGAUGA